AUGGAACGUAAGCUCCAAUUGGAAGAAUUAGAAUGCCUUAGGUUGGAAGCAUAUGAGAAUGCUCAGUUCUACAAGGAAAAAGCUAAGGCAUUCCAUGACCAGAAUAUAAGGCGGAAGAACUUCAAGAUAGGUGAUGAAGUGCUUGUAUACAAUUCAAGGUUGCGGUUCAUGCCCAGAAAAUUGAGGUCUAGAUGGGAUGGGCCGCUUAAAGUGGUAGAUGUCAAACUAUAUGGGGUGGUGGAGGUGAUUCACCGCACUAAUGAAGUUAAGUUCAAGGUCAAUGGUCAUAGGGUGAAGCUCUAUCAUACUCAACCCAAAAAUGCCAAGGAGUUGGAGAUCUUUCUCUUUGGUGAAGUUUCCAAGUGA